CAAUACCUUGAAUGACAAAACUUCAACAUAUACAGGAAGAAUGCCUAAACAAGAUCCAUCAGACUAUACCCAAAUUACCAAACCCAUCUCUGCCCAUAUCUCUUAACUAAUCGAAUCAUAUGAUGCUUUACAGAGAACCCUACGACUGUGCCUCCAUUAGCUCAUGACCUAAUAAGAAAAAGGAAGAAAAAACUCGUGAAAAGCAAUAAUAUUGCAGAUAAAAAGAUAACAAAGGAGAGUCAAUCAAUUAAGUUUAUGCAUCAAGAAUUAAAAGAGAAAGAUUGCAAAAAGGAUUAAAAUUUGUUAAUUGAAAAAAUUAGGACAAAAAAACGAGAAAAGAAACCUAAAACAUAAGGAGAGGAAUUACAAAAAUCGGAGAAAAAGGAGAAUCAAUCACCAGUAAAACAUGAAAUCAGAAGCAUAUCAUGAAUUAGAGUUCCAGAAUCGAUCAAGAGAUUGAAGACAUGAUCGAAGUUGAUUAGGUCAACGUCGCAAGAAGAAUCGCCUUAGCAAGGAUUAAAUGUGAUUUUCGAGAGAAUAUUGUACAGGUCCACCUGGUAGGUUUGAUAAUCACCAUGGUGUUUUACUCCAUUGGGAGGUAAAACAAUAAUUUUCCAGCUCCAUAUAAGUUGAAUGAGCUGAAGAAAGAGCCCAAACUGAGUGAACCGUCUCCAAAUAACAAUGCACACCCUAGUUUCACCGUCCGUUUCAUCUUCUGAUGUGACAGAAUCAAACCCUCAAACUCCUAAACCCACUCCUAGCAUUCCCUCCCCUUCUGUAAUUCGGCUUUGGAGACCUUCAGCCCAGCGAAACCUAAGAAAUCAAUGGUCAAAAUUGGUGCCUCUCAAACAGAAAUGGAGCUCUGCAUCAUCUAGCGGAAGAACUCAUGCAACAAACUUCAUCAAUUCUUAUCUUUCUCGGAGGCACAUGCCUGGAAUGAAUCUGGGUGUCUUGAAAGAUAUGCCUAAUAUUCGAGAGACUGCUUGCAUCAAGUUAGUUCAGCAGCAGGAGCUUCAUCAGAAAAGGCUAUUAUCAUCUUAUAGAGAAAUGGCUGGUGUUGUUUCUCAAAUGAUUAGCAUUUGUAAUUCCAUGCGAUCUUUUGUCAAAGGACCAACUGGUAGUCCACUCAUUCAAUAUUCGAGCAAUAAUAAGGAAGAUAAUGACAAUGGUGAUUGUGGAGGCAUUCCAGUUUUCAAGUUCUUCUCAAUCUCAGAUUUCGAGAAUUUGGCGAAAGAGCUUGUUCAGAUGUUUGGUCUAGAGCUAAUUCUCAAGCGGAUGGUUCUGAUCGAGUUAUUAUCCAUUAUUUCUGAAGAAUCCAAACCAGAAAUGUGUACAUAUUAUUGGUCAGAUGAGCUUUACCCCGGAGAAAUUGAUGAUUUGUCUGCAUGCAACCUGUAUUCUGAACAGACUUGUGAGCCACUUCUUCCUAGAAUAGCUGGAUGGAAAUCGAGUGAUUCAGUAGACAGAAGAGAUAACACUCAACCAGACCCGAAAACUUUAGAGGUGUUUUUGACAAUAUGGCUCCAAGAAGUGAACAUCCACUCACUGAGAAUUGACGAUAUUUUCAUCAUCAUCAACGAGGAAUUGAAGAUACGUUUAGUAUGAAGAGUAUUUUCAUCAUCAUCUAUAUUUCUGUUUUUAGUUUUUUUUUCUCAUUGAAUAGGUGAUAUUUGGUUUACUGUGAGACUGUAACUGAAAAUUUUAUCACUAGUGUGAUAUAAAAUGCAGAGAGUAGGAGAAAAAAAAAGAAAAAGAGAGUCAGUGGGCAUUCUUUUUAUUUUUCGCUUCUAUAGAACAAAUUUCUCGUUUCUCA